AUGACAGCAGCGGAAGCAGCAAACAGCUCCUCCCCUGCAGCAGCAGCAGCAGCAACAUCAUCAGCAGCAGCAGCAGCAGGAGAGGCAGCCUCUUCAGGUGCUUCCUUUGCGUCGCCAUUGUCUCCCCCCUCUUCCUCUGCAGCAGGAGCAAGAACAACAGCAGCAGCAGGAGCAGCAGCAGCAGCAGCAGCAGGAGGAGGAGGGGAUCGUGAUGGGGAGAGUUUGCUGCAGCUGCCUCAUCUGCCUCUGAGCAGUGAUGAUAUAUUGAUGCUGCAGCAGCAAGAGGAGCAGCAGCAGCAGCAGCAGCAGCAGCAGCAGCAUUAUUUACGACCCCAAGAGUUAUUAGCAUUUGAUUGUGAUAUAGAAACAAUCCUUAAAUGUAAACCCUUAAAAGAACAAAGAGUUAAACUUCUAUGCGAUAAACUCAAGGAGAUAUUGAUGGAAGAAGGGAAUGUACAGCCCGUGAAUACACCGGUGACUGUCGUAGGGGAUAUUCAUGGCCAAUUUCAUGAUCUUAUGCAAAUGUUUAAAUGUGCCGGAACUUGCCCUUCUGUGAAUUUUCUUUUCUUGGGGGAUUAUGUCGACAGAGGUUUUAAUUCUUUGGAAUGCGUCACCCUUGUCUUCCUUUUAAAGGUUCGCUAUCGCCACCGGAUAACGAUAAUUAGAGGAAAUCACGAAAGUCGCCAAAUCACCCAAGUGGGUUUAGCCAGGCAGGUUCCGCGUUAUCGAGUUUUUGACUAUUUGCCAUUAAGUGCAUUAAUUGAAGGACAAAUAUUUUGUCCUCAUGCUGGUCUUUCUCCUCAACUUGAUUCCCUAGAUGCGGUUAGGGCUCUCCAAAGACACCAGGAGGUGCCUCAUGAGGGUCCGAUGUGCGAUUUACUUUGGUCUGAUCCUGAAGAUCAACUCGAGGGUUGGGGAGUCUCUCCUAGAGGUGCAGGUUUUUACGAGCGAAUGGUUUGCAGUGCAUCACCAGAGCUCAUCAACUCGUCAUGGAGGUAA